AGUCGAUGGGCAACGGUUGAACGAAAUACGGAGUGGACAGCUUCCGACAUUUUCAACGCCUAUUCCCGCAUCUUCUUAACAAACGCUUGCUGCUAUUCAAAUUGGCAAACAUAAAUUAGGUCAUCUGUUUGAACUAGUUAGAACUCAACGAUAGAUAGCGUCCUCUACGGGAAGGUGUGCAGUCUUAUCUCGGAAGCUAAAAUACGAUUGCCCUCUAAUUUACCGAGAACACCCUUUGAGCGCCGGACUAGAGAAUAACCAUCAUCCACAUCCGCAGUAACGAUAAGGCGGCCGAUUUCUUACGCACUGCUUCGGCACAUGUUGACCGGUUAGUUGUUGGGUAUAUCGUGCAAGGCUUAGCCUUUGAGCUGAUCUCACCAUGAGCAACGUGACUGCUGAAAAGGCCAUCGAUUUGAACGGAUCGGCGAGCAUCAAUUGUCGAAACUAUUUACCUCCCUUCGAAGUUUACUACGAUGUGUACGCCAUUCCACUUACUAUAUUGUUGAUCAUUGGGGCUGCCAUUUGGCUGUGGGUUACGUUCGCGUUUGUGCAAGUAAUUCGGCGCAUCAAACGCAUGACCGAGAAGAACCAGGUGAUGGUGUUAAUCAUCGCCAACACCGUCUACUUAACCGUAGUCACGUUCAACGUGGUGGCGCUGGUGUUGCCGCCGGUUGCAGUGAUCUGCGAUAUCAUACCGUUCCUCGCGUUUUGCUGGUGUAUUUUGGUAUUUUUCCGCUUUCUAAAGAAAUCCGUCGGAGGUGACUCGGUUAUACUGGCUCUAUACGAAUCGAAAGCCGUUGCUCCACCACCCGUGUGUCCUUGUUUCAGAUUCAUCUACGACAAAAAGCGUCAGUUAACGGCCAUCAGAUUCGGUAUUAUCCAAUUGCCGGUUUACAAUAGUGUCGUCGCAUCGAUUCAGCUCAUCAUAUAUACGAUCGAUAAGGACCUUUUCUCAGAUGUGUUCUAUAUUAUACUACCAUUCAUCAUAGCAUCGAUCGUCUUCUACGUAGGAGCUUCCGUUUCUUUUAUCAAAACCGUGGCACCGCUUUACCCAGAGAAUCCCAUCUUCAAACGUUUCUUUCUUCUGCAACUCGUACUUAUCAUCACGAAACCUCAAAUCAUCAUACUGGAGCUCGUAUACAAUUCGAUCAGCUUCGAGUGCACUGAUGCCGGCGAGCCUAAAGUUUACGUGAACAUGAUCAAGCAGCUGCUCAUCCUCAUUGAGGUAGCGAUAGUGGUGUUUUACUCCUACCGCUUUUACACCAAGGAGCAGCAACCUUCAAGAGAAAAGGAUGGAACGAAAAAUGCAGCUUUUGAGGCGUGAACUGUCGAAGUGCAUCAAGCAAUAAUAACUUAUUUUUCAUACCUAUUACUUAUUAGUUAUUUAAUAAAUUUGCAGGAUUACGAUUUUAACCAA